UUGUAUGCAAUAGCUCCAUUAGGUCGAAAAUACCUGAAUGGAUGAAGGAUGAGUGUUGCUUUAAGGCAGCAGGGCAGAGAGCCUAUCAGAGCCCAGCACUGCGUCUGGAGGAGUGGAGCAGCUCUGCCGCAGCUGAACCAAACCUCGCCUUUAAGCUGGAACAAUCGAAACAAAAGGCCUGGGAGUCGAGCACGCAUGUGAAAAGAGCCGAAGUGACGAGCAACAUGACAGAAACGACCAAAACGCACGUUAUUCUGCUUUCCUGCGGGAGCUUCAACCCCAUCACAAAGGGACACAUCCAUAUGUUCGAAAAAGCCAGAGAGUUCCUGCAAAAGACAGGGCGCUUUAUCGUGAUUGGCGGGAUCAUUUCACCUGUACAUGACUCCUAUGGCAAAGCGGGUCUUAUUUCUAGCAGACACCGGCUCACCAUGUGUCAGUUAGCCGUGCAGUCAUCUGACUGGAUCAGGGUCGAUCCUUGGGAAUGCUAUCAGGACACCUGGCAGACUACCUGCAGCGUACUGGAACACCACCGAGAUCUCAUGAAGAGAGUAACGGGAUGCAUUCUCUCUAAUGUGAACACGCCCUCUACAACUCCUGUGAUUGGCCAGCCCCAGAACACCACUUCUCCUAUCUAUCAGAACCGCAACACAGCCAACAAGCCCUCAGCUGUUAAGCUGUGGGGAAAGAUGAGUGAGAGUCUGGGCAAAAUCUGCUGUGUUCGCCCACAUGUGGAACGUUUCACCUUUGUUGAUGAAAACGCAAACCUCGGCACCGCAGUGCGCUAUGAAGAAAUCGAGUUGCGUAUCCUGCUCCUGUGUGGCAGUGAUCUACUAGAAUCCUUCUGCAUUCCUGGGCUGUGGAACGAGAGUGAUAUGGAGGUGAUUGUAGGUGACUUUGGGAUAGUGGUGGUGCCUCGGGAUGGAGCUGACACAGAAAGGAUAAUGAAUCACUCCUCGGUACUGCGUAAGCACAAGGACAACAUCACUGUGGUGAAGGAUGACAUGAACCAUCCGAUGUCAGUUGUCAGUUCAACUAAGAGCAGACUGGCGCUCCAGCAUGGAGAUGGCCAUGUGGCGGAUUACCUGAGUCAGGUUGUGAUCGACUACAUCCUGCAGAACCAGCUCUACAUCACCGCCUCUGGAUAGGAGAGAGGAUGCAAGUGGACGCCUCUCUUUAAGCUGCCCCAUCUGUCUCCCUGUGUGUGAAUAACAGUGUAAUCCUGCCGCACUCUACCACUGCUUUUUCCAUAUAGAGGAGCAUUACCUAUCUGUCAUCCUUUCUAACUGUAUCAUAGUGACUUGUCAGGAGUAAGGGUGCGCUGCAUUGUGCCGAACGGAGCCACCCUGUACCAGUGCGGUGCAAGGAGAUGGAGCAGGUGAAAAUAGUGGUCUAAUCAGGUGAGGGAAAAGGAUGUUUAAAGAACAGAAAUCGGAAGAGAGUGUGAGUAACACAGGAAAUGUUACCGGCGUGAAUGUUGGCCUUGCUGUCAGUUUGAUACCGUCUUUUCCUCUAAUUGCAUGUCUAGUCUUUCUUUUACCGCACGAGUGCUUGAAUAGCCUUGUAGACAGUAGUCUGCUGUGACAGUGUUUGCAAAAAAAAAAAACCCCAAAAAAAGUGCUUAGGCGCAUCUCAUCUCUAACUUCAUUUUCUAUUUAAUUCUGUUUAUGACUCCGUGUACAAAGGAAUUUGGAUUGCUGUCAUUUUUGCAACUGGAAAUAUUAUGCUGCACUGUUCUUGUCUUCACUGUAUAUUCAUGCAUAUGUCAUUUGUAUUUGGUUGCACAUUAAAGAAUGGCCUUUCCUUUUGCGCAGUA